AUGACUCUGACUCUGCCUGAUGCUGCAGCGGCAUUGACGACCCGCAAUCCUCCGAACGUUGACUUCUCGCAAAUCCCUAUAUCCACUUUAGAGAAUAUAAGGAACCGACUUAAUCAAGUUCAUCUUACGCUAAGAAAGCUAUUAGAUAGCGUGAACAUAUACAAUAAGCUUCCUAAUAAGGGAAGACAGUACAUGGUGAUACAGAACCAGCUUCAAGUACUUAUUACUCAAUUCCAUUCCCUUGCUGCCCAAUUAGAUAGUAACAGUGAACUCUUGAGGGAUACCAAUGUGUACCCGUUACCCGCCUUUCCCACGUCACAACAAGAAGGACUUUUAACUACGUUACUUCGGAAGAAACCACUUCCCGAGGUGGAUGAAUGGAUUGAAUCGGCUCUAACAGAGAAAGAGGAUAAGAGCAAUGAUGUUCAAACGGAUGACUUAUUUGCUCAAUGGUGUAUGAUGAAGAUUCAAGAGCUUAAAGAUGAGUUCCAAUUCUAUGGCUUCCACACCGUACAAGAAUUGGAACGCAUGGAGACACCAGAAGGGAAGGAAGAACUUCGAAAGAAGAAAGAAGAAGAACUUCAAGAGCAAGAAUUAGAAAGAAAAAUCAGUAGUAAUGGGAAACAAGCAAUGCACCCAAACAAAGUAUUAAAGUUCAUGUGCAGUGGACAGCUUUAG